AUGUCUCACGACGAGCACAAUUCGCCGAUGAUGACACACGACCGGAGAAGCAGACAGAGUGAAGGGGGAGUGCGCUGGGCCGAGGAUGACGACGGCGAGAAUCCGCAUCGCCUGUCACCACAGCGCAAGUGGGUGAUCGAGCUUCUGAUCUGCUCGACGACGCUAUGUAUCACCGUCACCAGCUCGCUGUACGUCAGCACCUUUCGCCAGAUCAUGGCCGAAUUCCACUGCUCGCGCACCGUCGCCACCCUCGGCCUCAGCCUCUUCAUCGGCGGCCUGGGCUGGGGCCCGCUGCUGCUCUCCCCGCUGUCCGAGUUCUACGGACGACGUCCGAUCUUCCGCAUCUCGCUGCCGCUUUUCGUCAUCUUCCUGGUCCCCUGCGCCGUCGCCCACAAUGUCGGGACCAUGCUCGUCGCACGCCUGCUGACCGGGCUGGCCGGCGCGGCGUUCACCUCCGUCGCCGGCGCAACGGUCGGCGAUAUGUAUACCAAGGACCGGCUGCAUUUCCCGAUGCUCGUCUACACGGCGUCGCCUUUCACCGGAUCGAGCUUCGGACCCAUGCUUGGAGGGCUGAUCAACUCGUUCGCGUCAUGGCGCUGGUCCUUCUACUGCCUCCUCAUCUGGUCCUCCGUGCAAUGUCUCCUUGUGCUCUGCUUCGUCCCGGAGACGUACCACCCGGUGCUGCUCCGGCGCAAGGCUCGUCGCCUGCGCAAGGAAACGGGGGAUGAGCGAUGGAAGACCGUGCUCCGCUCGCUGUACCGGCCCUUCAUGCUCCUCGUCCUCGAACCGAUGUGCCUGAACCUCUGCCUCCUAUCCGCCAUAGUCCUGGGCAUCCAGUACCUCUUCUUCGGCUCGUUCAAGAUCAUCUUCGGGACCGUGUACGAUUGGGGCCUGUGGCAGUCCGGGCUGGCGUUCGCAGGCAUCACGGCGGGGAUGAUCGCCGCCGUGGUCGCCGAUCCGUGGUGUCGCAGACUAUACGUCCGAAUGAUCCCGUCGAGCAUCGACGCCACGGACCCCGAGCGCCGCUUGCCUCCGGCCGUGAUCGGGGCGCCGCUUCUCACGGUCGGACUAUUCUGGUUCGCAUGGACGGCUAUCCCCUCGGUGCAUUGGUCGGUGCCGAUUAUCGGCAGCGCGCUUUUCGGGACGGGAAUGAUCCUGGUCUAUGCUGGUGUCUUCACCUUCCUGGUCGACGCGUAUCCCGUGUAUGCGGCCAGUGCGCUGGGCGCCAACAGCUUCACGCGCAGUACCUUCGCCGCGGCGUUCCCAUUGUUCGGGUUUCCGAUGUAUCAAGCCCUUGGCAAUCAGUGGGCUACGUCGUUGCUGGCGUUUCUCAGUCUGAUUAUGGCGCCGUUUCCGUAUAUCUUCUUCAAGUACGGGAAGAGAAUCAGGCGCAAGAGCCGGUUUGCGACGCGGAAGUGA